GGUUGACGAAAGAAAUCCUUGGACUGCUGUUCUUUUCAUUGUAAUUUUGUGUAAAUAGAAUUUGGAUGUUUGUUUUGUAAUAAGUACUUAAAUGUGAUUAGUGUGUAACUAAAAUAUAAUAAUGUCUAAUAGUACAAUAGAAAAAAAAUUGAAGGGGUUAGAGGAGCGGUUCGAAAACGAAAUGCGUAUUCAAAGAGAGGGUGGCAUCCACAAUCAAGGUGGACUUGGGGCUUCCAGGCCCGGGAGCGGCCGGAGACCAAGGCCUCACGCUAUGUUCACCGGUAGAGAAAUACCAGCGUUCCCACCGAGAUCUCCACAAGCAUCAGAGACGGAGAACAGAAUGAGGGAGGUUUAUAAGGUUAGCGGCAAAUUAAACGUGAACGGGGCAGAGUACCGCUCGCACGUGGACGAUCUCCAGCACCUUGGCGAGCUGGGCAGCGGCACCUGCGGCCAUGUCGUGAAGAUGCUGCACAAACCUUCCGGCACUGUUAUUGCUGUUAAACAAAUGCGCCGCUCCGGCAACUCGGAAGAAACAAAGCGGAUUUUAAUGGACUUGGACGUGGUGGUGCGCUCCCACGGCUGCCCGUACAUAGUGCGAUGCCUCGGCUGCUUCGUGACGGAUGCCGACGUGUGGAUAUGCAUGGAGCUGAUGGCUUCGUGCUUCGACAAGCUGCUGAAGCGGCUUGGCGCGCCCAUCCCGGAAGCGAUUCUGGGCAAGGUCACUGUGGCGACGGUGAAAGCCCUAUCGUACCUCAAGGACGAGCACGGAGUGAUCCACCGAGACGUGAAGCCAAGCAACAUCCUACUAGACGAGUGCGGCAACGUGAAGCUGUGCGACUUCGGCAUCAGCGGCCGCCUCGUGGACUCCAAAGCCAAGACAAGAAGCGCAGGCUGCGCGGCGUACAUGGCGCCGGAGCGCAUAGACCCGCCGGACCCGGCGCGGCCGGACUACGACAUCCGCGCCGACGUGUGGUCGCUCGGCAUCUCGCUGGUGGAGCUGGCCACCGGCGUGUUCCCCUACCGCGACUGCCAGAACGACUUCGAGGUGCUCACGAGGGUAAUAGCAGACGAUCCACCACAGUUACCAGAAGAUUGUAAUUUCUCCCCAGAAUUUAAGUCAUUUGUAUCACAGUGCCUAACAAAAAACUACCGGCAUCGGCCGAAAUACGCCAAACUCCUCGAACACCCUUUUGUAGUGAACUCCGCGCGAAGUAACGUGUCAGUGGGGGCCUGGUAUGCGUCGUUACCAAUUCCAAGUCACGGCACGCCCCUAAAGACUGCAGUGCCACAAAGAAGCGUGCCGAGUCCGCAUAUAGCGUCGGAAUUGGGAACAGUGACGACUUUAGCUACGCACAACGUGUCAAGCAAUGGUUAUGACGCGCCAGCGACACCAGUGAGGAACUUUGUGACUAGCGCCACGCACUGGACGCCGGAUCAAGCCACGCCCACGCCUAGUAGGCCGUGGUGGGCGACGGCGGGCAACUCCAACGCGGGUGGCAGCAGUUCGCAGCCCGCCAGCCUCGAGGUAGACUUCUCCAACCACUCGCCAUACCCCAGGAGAAGAACAAUCGAAGCGUGCGCAUCCCCCCCACCGCCCGUUCGCCGCGUGUCGGCCGAUAGUCGCUGGCGUGCGUCUCCUCAGAGUUCAGGCAACACUAGUCCGAUAGUUCUACAGAGGUUCUAUCACCAAAGCCAACAGAGGAGGUCGAGGGUAGACCUACACGCCACACCCAGGCAUAGGAGUUUAAGCAGGGACCACAGCACGGGCCGCUCGCCCGAGCCGCCGCCGCGGACCAGCCGGCAGCACCACAUGUUAGGCCACGAAGCGAACGGAAGCAUGGAGCUGGAGCCCCCGGCGCUCCACGAGAGGUUGCACCCCGCCUCGCCCCUACUGCUCAGUAAUGAUAAGUUAUCAGAAGGCCGGAGCCAGAGCUUAACCCGCGCGGAGCUCCGCAACGGCGUGCGCGCCGACACGACGCGCGCCACGCGACACGACGACCAGGGUGAGCGCGCCGAACCAGUCGUGCGCAUACGCAACGCCACGAUCGUGUUCUCCUACAAGGCCGUCGUGCGCGCCACGCGGCUCGUGGACUCGUGAUAGGCCAUACAGUUGAUAUACUUUGCGGAAUAGAGCAACGAAAGACUGAGUUAGAGAAAUGUUACUAUAGUCUGGUCCGUGAGCGCG